GGGGGUUGGGGGUGUUGGUAUGUAUACUCGGUUGCUUGCGACAUCACGGAGCUCCGCUUGUCAGUGCCAUACAUAAACCUCACCCUCCACUUCACUCCUCUUUAUUUUUCUCCACUGGUCAAUCCAGGACCGUCAAUUCAUCGCACGACCACAUCGAAAACCAACGACCUCAUCCGUGCUAUUUCUUAGAUAUCAACAGCAGAUAUUGAAUCCGUGACGUCAUCUUCCUCAACUCCAUCAUGACCGCCAGGAAACUCCUCAUCAUCGGCGCGACAGGCAAGCAAGGAGGCGCCGCCAUCGACGCUCUCCUCGCGAGCUCUACCCCCUUCCAAAUCCUAGCCUUGACCCGCAAUGCCUCGUCCGAGAGCGCCAAAGCCCUCGCUGCCAAACCCAACGUCACUGUCGUAGAAGGCGACGCUACAACUCCUGCGCCCAUCUUCGCAGCCCAUGGGCCCAUCUAUGGCGUCUUCCUCGUCACGACAUUUGCCCCGGGCAAAGAAUCCGUGGAGGAGGCACAGGCCGGGCCCGUGAUUGAGGAAGCAGUCAAGAACGGCGUCGAGCACUUCGUCUUCACCUCCGUGGAUCGCGGGGGAGCGGAGAAGAGCGACGAGAAUCCAACUGAAAUCCCGCACUUUGCGAGCAAACACCGUAUUGAGAAGGUGCUGAAGGAGAAGGCUGCUGCGUCUAAUAUGCAGUGGACGAUCUUGCGCCCAGUGGCUUUCAUGGAUAACAUGUCGCCGGAUUUCAUGGGCAAGGCCUUUGCGGCCAUGUGGGCGGGCGUCGGAGACAAACCCUUACAGUUGAUCUCGUGCCAUGAUAUUGGUGUCUUUGCCGCGAGGGCAUUCGCCGACCCGGAGGCUUAUAAGGGCAAAGCCAUUGCGUUGGCUGGAGACGAGUUGACUUUGGAGCAGGCCAAGAAGGUGUUCAAGGAGACUCUUGGGUAUGACAUGCCUGAGACUUUCUGGUUUGUGGGCUCCGGGAUCAAGUUCAUGGUUAAGGAGAUGGGGACUAUGUUCGCAUGGUUCAAGGAUGAGGGUUAUGGUGCUGAUAUUCCAGCUCUGAGAAAGGAAGAGCCUAGAUUGCAAGACUUCGGCACAUGGUUGAAGGAGUCGAGCCAAUUCAAAAAGGAGUAAGGACGGUCAUUGUUAUGAGUUAUGG